UAUAUAUAACAUAAAAAAAUAAAAUGUGCACGGUUGGUCGAUCUUUUGACAUGUUAAAUCAAGUCAUGGAUAUAAUAUAGUAGUUGUAUCCGAUCAUACUGUGUCGUAGUUGUUCUAACAUUAUAAAUAAUAAAAGUCCAUCAAGGUUAAAUGAGGUAAAUCGAUCUGGAGCUAGCACUGUUGAAGCACUGACCGAAUGAAGACACAUUAUACAGUGUUAGAGAAGUUGUACACACGUCGGAAUAAUGCUACAGCCGACUCUUUAUUCAAGAGUUGUUGCCCUUGGUGCUCUUCAUAUGGGAUUUAGCAUGUUAAGUGCGGCGUUUGCAUUCUAUUACGUCAAAGUGUUUUUAAACUUUUAUCACAUUGAAGAAAGUUGGUUUCAAGUAUCUCAGACAAUUCUCCUUAUAUGGAAUACGAUAAACGACCCGUUAAUUGCUUAUUUCCAAGACAGCACAAAUUUCGCGUGCACAAGAACUCGGCGUGAAAGUGUUCUUUACGCCGCGCCAUUAUUUGCCUUAUCAUUUCUUGUACCGUGGUUUCCAUGGGGGAAACCUGGGCAUGUCGAGCCUAUGAUAACAUGUAUUCAUCUCAUAGUGACGUUAUGUUUCUUUGACACGAUGUUUACGUACAUAGGACUUGCAUCAUCUUGUUUGUUUACUGAAAUAUCCGCGGAUAACGAUGAAAGACUUCGAAUGAUACGUUAUAAUCAAAUAGGUAAUCUUCUAGGAUGUUCUAGUGUUUUUAUCUUACAGUAUGCAUCAAAUCAACUAGAAAACUUUAAAACAUUUCAAACUACAUGUAUAGUCCUAGCUAUAAUUAGUUUUUGUUGCUAAGAUACUGUGGCAAACACGCGCAUACAGAAUUAGAACUUCGGCACGAGAUUGACAUGCAGAAUGGUAAACCUAGAGUUCUAAAAUCUCAAGAAUUCUCGUAUUUAACGUUAACUAAACAAAUUUUCUUCACAAAAGAUUUUUUAGCAUUUGCAGUAAUGAACUUUCUAGCAGGAUGUCAUAGAGUUUUCCUGUCUAAUUUCUUUACAAUUUUUGGAGAUCAGCUAAUAAGUAAGGAAGUUGUGCCACCUAUUGUAAGGAGCUUAUUUUAUGGGGCGAGUUCUACCACAUCAAAGCUGAUAGUAAUAUUUGGCACUGGAAUUGUGGGUAAAUUUGGCUAUUAUAAGGUGAUUCGAUAUAGUCAGAUUUUCAUGAUUGGAUAUGGAUUGAUAUACUACAUGAUUGGACCAAUCAACCACUGGUGUAUAAUGUUCUUUAUGUUGUUAGACAGUGGAACCUCGAGCAGUGUGCACACAUUGUACGGUCUGGCUGUGUCGGACAUCGCGGAUCAAGAUCGUGCUCGAUACCAGAGGAGACACCCUGUGACGUCGAUGGUAUAUGGAUGUAACUCACUAGCGACGAAACCGGCAUUAUCACUGGCUCCUAUGUUUGUUGUUAAAAUUCUCAACAUGUAUGGAUAUAAGAAACAUAAAAAUCAUAAACUUGAUCCUCUCCAGAUAGAUAAUUUAAACAAGGCAAUGUUUAGUUUUAUAUGUCUAGUCCCACUUGUGAUAGGGUGUAUACAAUACAUUGCCUGGUCAUUUUACACAAUACGUGAUAGACGGACUUUAGAUAUAACAUUUACUGUUCCACGAGAAGAUAGUACGGUCAUCAAUGGUAUAUAGACAUGUCGAGGGGUUAUCAAUUUAUUAGUUAUACAUAAUUAAUUCAUUAAACACUUUCAUGUUUUGUAAUGAAAAUGUACGAGAAAUGAUGGAUUAAUUCAAUUUUAGUGCUCUCCAAUUUUUUUAAGCCAAUCACCGACGAGGAUUUUUCAAAUUUUCAGGUUUCAAAUCUUAAUAGAAAAGAUUUUAUAUAAACUGGACGUUUUAUAUUAUAAAACGCAAGUGGGCGGAGCACUAAGCCGGUUAGAGUGCAUAUUGGAUGUUCUUCGUAAAUAAGAAAGCUACAGUCGCUUCGCAAGCUCCGCUCCUUUUUAGCU